AUGAUAAUUGUGGAUGCAACUUGGCUCAAGAACGGAUACAGUGGUGUACUUAUUUUUGCCUCGGCUCAAGAUCCUAAUCGUCACCACUAUCCCAUAGCGUUUGGUAUACUCAAUGGUGAGAAAGAUGAAAGUUGGACUUGGUUUUUGGAGAUGCUGAGAACUGUUAUACCAGACACUUCUGAAUUGGUAUUUAUUAGUGAUAGAAAUGCAAGACUUAUCGGUGCCAUAGCUAAUGUGUAUUCCCAGGCUCGUCAUGGAUAUUGUAUUUGGCAUUUGUCUCAAAAUGUCAAAAGUCAUGUUAUAAACGUCAACAAAGACGUAGUCGCUUGGAGAUUCAUGGAGUUGAGUAGGCAUUACACAGUGGCUAAUUUCAACACUGCAUAUAUUGCGUUUAAGACGCGAUAUCCUUCUGCUGCCGCUUAUCUUGAGGAGAAUACUGUGAAAGAAAAAUGGGCAAGGUGUUGUUUUCCUGGAGAAAGAUACAACUUAGAUACAAGCAAUUGUGUGGAAUCUAUGAACAAUGUCUUCAAGGAUGCAAGAAAGUACUCCCUAAUACCCCUGCUUGAUACAAUCAUAGCGAUGUUUUCUAGAUGGUUUAAUGAUCAUCGGAAGGAUUUUGUGGCUGGAACAAUUGAUAACAAAUUGGUGCCUUUAGUGGAGAACAUACUCCACAAAUUAUGGCCUAUUGCUGAGAAAUUGAUUGUGACAGAGCUAAACAGUUUUGAACUUGAAUACAAUGUCGUCGAUUGUGAUGGAAAGCCUUAUUUCGUGAAUUUGCUUCAGAAGAGUUGCAGUUCCAAGGUGUUCGAUAUUGAAAGGUACAACUGGUAA